CUGUGGCUGGUGGCGAUGUCCAGGCUCGGUGCCUGGCUCGGGCAUCGUGAUGCAAUGGGCGGAUGGAGCUCGGGAACAAUAGCACGGGGCUGUGCCUGGGCACGCGUGGCCGGGUGGCACCAGGAGCCAAAGCCACGCGUUGCUGGGAGGCCGGGGAGGAGGGAACCAGCGGGGUUCGGUGUCUCCUCUGCCUCCUGUCCCAGGCGGAGGUGGCGGCACCACUCGGCCAUCACGGUGACCAACGAGCCCGUCCUGGAGUUUAAGGCAGGGAGCCCCGAGCGAGCAGCGCUGCAGAAGGCACUUGCUGACCUGAAGGGCAAGACAGAAGCCAUCCCAUGUGUGAUUGGGGGAGAAGAGGUGUGGACACCAACGGUGCGGUACCAGCUGUCGCCAUUUAACCAUGCACACAAGGUGGCCAAGUUCUGCUAUGCCAGCAAGGAGCUCAUUAACAAAGCCAUUAAUGCUGCCUUGGCAGCGAGGAAGGAAUGGGACCUAAAACCAGUGCAGGACCGGGCGCAGAUCUUCCUGAAGGCAGCUGACAUGCUGAGCGGGCCGAGGCGAGCUGAAGUGCUGGCCAAAACCAUGAUCGGGCAGGGCAAGACAGUGAUCCAGGCAGAGAUCGAUGCUGCUGCUGAGCUGAUCGACUUCUUCCGAUUCAACGCCAAGUACGCCCUGGAGCUGGAGAAGAGCCAACCCAUCAGCGUGGACAUCAGCACCAACAGCAUGGUCUACCGGGGGCUGGAGGGUUUCGUGGCAGCCGUCUCCCCCUUCAACUUCACAGCCAUCGGUGGGAACCUGGCCGGGGCUCCAGCACUGAUGGGGAACGUGGUGCUGUGGAAGCCCAGUGACACUGCCCUGCUCUCCAGCUACGCUGUCUACAAGAUCCUGCUGGAGGCCGGGCUCCCUCCCAACGUCGUGCAGUUCGUGCCGGCGGACGGGCCCGUGUUUGGGGACACCGUCACGAGCUCCGAGCACUUGUGUGGGCUCAACUUCACCGGCAGCGUGCCAACUUUCAAGCGGCUCUGGAAGCAGGUGUCAGAAAACCUGGAUCGCUACCGCAACUUCCCGCGCCUGGCUGGAGAGUGCGGCGGCAAGAACUUCCACCUGGUGCACAGCUCUGCCGACGUGGGCAGCGUGGUGAACGGGACCCUGCGCUCCGCCUUCGAGUACGGCGGCCAGAAAUGCUCCGCCUGCUCCCGCCUCUACGCCCCGGCCUCGCUGUGGCCCCACAUCAAAGAGAAGCUGCUGGAGGAGCACGGGAAGAUCAAAGUGGGAGAUCCCACCCAGGACUUCGGGACGUUUUUCUCUGCAGUCAUUGAUGACAAGUCUUUUGCACGGAUAAAGAAGUGGAUCGAGCACGCCAAGAAGUCGCCCAACCUCACCAUCCUGGCCGGAGGCGGCUGCGACGACAGCGUCGGGUACUUCAUCGAGCCCUGCAUCGUGGAGAGCAAAGACCCACAGGAUCCCAUCAUGAAAGAGGAGAUCUUUGGCCCCAUCCUCACGGUUUACGUCUACCCGGAGGAGCGGUACAAGGAGGUCCUGGAGCUCAUCGACACCACCACCCCCUACGGCCUCACGGGGGCGGUCUUCGCCCAGGAGAAGCGAAUCAUCGAGGAGGCCAGGAGCUUCCUGCGCAACGCGGCCGGCAAUUUCUACAUCAAUGACAAGUCGACGGGCUCCGUCGUGGCCCAGCAGCCCUUCGGAGGCUCUCGCAUCUCAGGCACCAACGACAAACCUGGUGGCCCCCACUACAUCCUGCGCUGGACAUCUCCUCAGGCCAUCAAGGAGACACACGUGCCCCUGACGGACUGGCGCUAUGCCUACAUGCAGUGACACCUCCUGCUGCCCGGCCCCACUGCUACUACUGAUCCUCAACGCACAGAGUGGCCUUGAGCUACGCCCUCGAGAAGCACUUAGAUCUACUGAUCUCUAACCUGAGCUUAGGGUUUAUUUUGAAAGGAAAAUUCUAUUAUUAAACUGUAAAUGCAGAAGAGAAAAACCUUGUGGUCCAUGUAAGGGUGAUGUGUUAAUGGAUUCAGGGGUGCUGGAGGUGUGUGGUUGCAUCCCAGAUUCCUUUUGUCAUAGAAUCCUUGACUGGUUUGGGUUGGAAAGGACCUUAAGAUCCAGCUCCAACCCUUGCCAUGGGCAGGGACACCUUUCAUUAGACCAGGUUGCUCCAAGCCCCAUCCAACCUGGCCUUCUGUUUUGUCCAUCCCGAGUGGUCCACCGCGGUUCCCUCUCAGUGGGGCUGCAGUUAAAGCAGGAGCUGAGCAUUAAGAGGCUGGCCCCGUCCUGCCAAAAGCUGUAUCAUUCCCUGUGUCCCCGGGGAGCUGCACCAGCAGAAACCAUUGGAAGCUGAGGGCUGCCUGAGCCAGCCUUGCUGGGAGUUUUGGGCAGCUGGGCUUGCCCUAAACCACAGUCAAUGUGAUGGGAGCCCUGAGCUCUGUUUUCUCCCUGUCCCUGAGCAAGGGCAAAGCUCAGACAGCCCCAAACGUUCUUGAUGUAGGGAGAGAACCUGGCAGGAGAGGGCAGCUGGGAGUGUGGUGCUGCUUCAGGUGAGUUUAAGUGCCUUAUUCCUGUGCUCUGAGGGCAGCAGAUGGGGUUCCCUGUACGUUACCUUGCAGAUGGUCUUGGUAUGCGCAGACAUCGGGCAGGUGGAGCAGCAGCACCCCGCUUGGUGCCCUUGUUUCAUCACUGGUGAGGAGGUCAGGCUGCCUCCCAUGGGUUUUGGCUGCUUCUCCUGCUCCAGUCCUUGCAUGUUCACUGCAUGUUGUUAAGAGGUGUUUCAGGAACAGGACCCGUCCUGCACAAGCUGCAGCAUCCCUCAAAUCCCUGGAAGGAAUUGAAGGGGAAACUGAGGGAAUUUCACUUCAUUACCAGGAGGGGCUGGGAAAGCAGCUGGGGGCUGCAAGAAUCAGAGCAAGAGGCAUCUCCCAGCCCCUUGUGCUCUGUCCAGGGCUGUGCUCUGGCCUGCAGAGCUGCUUCUGACACGGGCACAUCACUGGGGCUCUGCGAGCUGCCCUGGUGUGAAGUCAGAUCAGUGCUGGCCCCUGUGGUCCCUGUUGCUGUGACCUGUGCAGGGGCUGCCUUGCCAUCAGUGCGGUCACACCAAUGGGUCCUGCAGUGGGAACAGGAAAAGGGAUCUUAGGAACGGUCUGUGUCCUUCCAGGAUCAUUUCUAAUCUAAACCCCUUGGUAACACCUACAAUUAAUAACUGUUCAGUUACCAGGGUUUGCAGCCAGAGUGGAGAACCCUGCUGUAAUAAGCAUUAAGUGUGGAUCUUGUCCAGGCCUGGGCUGGUAUUUAGCAUGCAGCUCAUGAAGGUGUUGCACUGAUAGGUGUGAAUUUUGGUUUAACUGAGAAAAUCUGCAAUAAAAUAAACUUUAAACACC